AACAAAUAAAGAUAAACAAUAUUCAUUAUACAUGAAUAAGAAAUAAAGCGAUGAAGAAAUCAAAAGGGGCUUGGUGCAGUUUACAGCGCGGAGGGGCUGAGGACAGGAAGAUGAACAGAACGGAGGGCGGCGAGGCUGCUAAGAACGUCUACCUGCUCGUCUACGACAACGUUCUGCACGCCACUGAUCCUUUGAACUCCUUCCUCGUGCGCGGUCGAGAAGAGGCUGGUCUUGGCGAGGCCUUGAGCUGCGGUCGCGUGGGCGUUGGUGCUACGGGCGAGGCGAUCGGCAAUGCAGUGUCGCCAGCCUUCGAGUUUCCGGCCAUCGUUAAGAACGAAGAUUUGAAGAAAAUAGAACACCAGCUCCACGAAGCAAGAACUCGAUUCGAGAAAGUCGCAAGCUUGAGCGGUGAGGAAGAAGAGCAAGCCAGGAGAAAGCUGGGAAGAGAACAUUGGGUUGACGAGUUACAUGCCAAGGAAGAACAGUUGAAGGCGCGUAAACUGCAGGUCGCAAUGAGACAUUCUGCGCUUCUUCAGAAAAUGCUACGUUAUGAAAAAGAUUUGGAGAUCCAAGAGAAGAAGCGCACGGUGGAAGCUGGUGUUAUAGCUCAGGAGUGUGCCCCGACGGUGGCAGAAUCGUUCGUGAAUGCAAACGACAUUACGAACGAACAGCUCGAUGACAGUGCUGCUAGCUCAACGCCUUACGCCACAACUGAAACUCCACAGGAAAGAGAAGAAGGAACGAGUCAGGAUUCAGUAAUGAGUGCAGCUGACGUCCGUGAACUGAAAAUUGCUGACCUCAGGAAGCGCAGCUACGAGAAUAAAUACCAAACAGAAGCGAACAAGAGUACUGUCAAGAACUACGCAGAGUACAAGGCGCACGUGGUGGCAGCAGCGGCGCUGUGGCGCGGCGAGGCGGCAGGCUCCGUGGCGCAACUUACGGCGAGCUUCCGAGAUCGCUUGGUGCUGCGCUAUGAACUGCUUGUUGGCGUCAUGGAGGCCACCAAUAAACUCGCUGCUGUUAAGGAGCGCUGCUUGUUAGCUCAACAGAUGGAUGAAGAACAGGAAUGUGAGCAGCUGUUGCAGCUGCAUCAGACCAGUGCAGCUGAACAGGCUAUCAGCAGACAGCUGCAGCAGGAAGAGAGUCAGCUAAUGCAGCUGCAGGCGAAUUCAACAAAACUCAACUGUCAGCUGGCUCAAAUCAACAUGGCAAUCACCAACAUGUACAACAUCGCACGAAGAUUCCAAAAAUCUCUUCCUCCGCUGCAUGUGCAGCUUGCAGAUCUGGAAGGAGAAGUCACAGCUCGGAUGCUGGAGCGGCUACAGCACUUCAUGCAGGCUGCCAACACAGCUCUUGUCACGGCUGAUGCUGCACUCAGGCCUGAUUCUACGAAGCCUACACUCGGUUCUGCUUGA